AUGACUGUAUGAUUAAGGAAAUAACCUUUCCCGGGGAGAAAGUUAAAAACAAUCUCGAGUCCUACAAUUUUGGAUUCUAUUCUACACAUCUUCAAAAGUCGGUGUGCUACUUUAACAUUCAAACCUCUUGAGUUUUCGAGCAAUUCUUCACCGCAGCACUUUUCAUCCUUCAAUAUGGCAUUCCCACCACCUCCCGUUAACACUAUCGACUGGAGCGACAUUGGCUUCAAAUUCCGUGAAGGUACUGAGAAUUCCAGCUUCAUUUGUCAAUGAGUCCAUUCAAUGACUCAAUCCAAUUCUCCAACCUAAGUCUUCCAAGAAAUACUAACAUACCCCUUCAGUAAAUGGCCAUAUUGAAUCUCAUUACUCAGUAAAAACCGGCAAAUGGACACCUCCAAAAUUCAUCACCGAUCCUUACCUCCGUCUCCAUGGCAUGUCUCCCGCCUUAAACUAUGGUCAACAAGCCUAUGAAGGCAUGAAAGCCUUUCGCAGUCCUGGUGACUCCUCCAUAACCAUAUUCCGCCCUAACAAAAAUGCUGCUCGUCUCGCCCACUCCGCAGAAUUUAUUUCUAUUCCUCCUGUUCCUGAGAAUGUUUUCAUGGACUGUGUACAUGCCGCAGUAUCUCUAAAUGCGGAAUAUGUACCACCUCAUGAAACAGGCGCUGCUAUGUAUAUCCGUCCUUUGAUUUUUGGAUCCAGUGCUCAGUUAGGAUUGAAUCCCCCAGAGGAAUAUACUUUCUGUGUUUACGUCCUCCCAGUUGGUGUCUACCAUGGUGUACACCCAGUUAAGUGUUUGAUCCUUGAAGAAUUCGAUCGUUCUGCACCACAUGGGACUGGAAGUGCGAAAGUGGGUGGAAACUAUGCGCCUGUAUUGAGAUGGAGUGAUAAAGCAAGAAAUGAGGGAUAUGGCAUUACAUUACAUUUGGAUAGUCAAACACGCAGUGAAAUCGAUGAAUUUUCUACCAGUGGAUUUAUUGGUGCGAAGAAGGAUGGAGAUAACAUUACACUGGUUGUACCGGAUAGCAAGAACGUUAUUGCCAGUGUAACAUCUGAUAGUAUUUUGGAAAUUGGAAAGAGUCUUGGAUGGAAAACAGAAGUUCGUUCGGUAAGUUAUUCCCUCUUUUUUUCUAUUUUCACUAGGGUCUUCUCAUGUUUUACUCUUCCUGUCGACUAUACCCAAUCACUUUUCCCAUCUUGCAUUCACCACUUCCACCUCCACCUCCAACCACACUCGUACUAACCUUCUCCAGAUUAAAUACGAAGAACUAUCCACCUUCACCGAAGUAAUGGCUGCCGGUACCGCCGCCGCCCUCGUCCCAAUCCGUUCCGUAACUCGCAACUCCGACUCCAAAACCACAGAAUAUAUCCCCUCAUCCUCCGAAGACCCAGGCGCUAUCUGUGAAAAACUCCUCACCACCCUCAAGGGAAUUCAAUCUGGAAAAAUUGAGGAUACUUUUGGCUGGAACAAGACGGUCGAGAAAUUGGAUAUUAAAGAUUUCACCACUGCCGAAACAAAUGGUACGAAUGGUUUGAAUGGCAAUAUUGAUAAAUUGCCUUGAUAAGGUUACAGAAAUCUUGUAUAAUCUCAAUUCUAAAUAGUCAAAAAACAAAGGUAAUGGCGUCAAAUGAUUUGAUAUUAGCACUCACACUAGGUAGUUUUCUAAAUGGAAUUAAAUUAUUUGAUCCAGAUACUAAAAUAUAAAAGCCCCCCUUUUCAGUUCCUUCACUUC